AUGGUGAUAUCCGCGCACACGAUGCCAGUAGAAGUGGAUGCCUCCACCUACACGGAUUGCCGGGUAGUGCCUGUUGUAUGCCACUUGACCCAGGACAAGGCCGUCAGUCCCGAAGAACAAUGCGAGUUCUCUGCACGCGUGGUGAUGGGCAUCGCAAGUGUUCCGCGAGUGAUUGACAAGAUUAGCGGGAGCGCAACCUAA